UUGCUCAACCCAUUCAUGUUCAUUCCUCUCAUGCCCAGGUUGCCUGCUGACCCACCUGCUCUCCUGACUACUGUCCUUGACAGUCAUCAUGCCUCAGGGUCAUAAAAGGAAGCUCCACAUCCCUGCAGAACACCACCAGGCCCAAGGUGCAACCCAACAUCUGGGGAAUGCCAAGGAGGAAGCACUGGCCUCCUCGUCCCCUCCUCCAUCUGAAGCUGCCACACAGAAGCAGCCUGGUGCUAGGUCACAUAGCCCUGUCAAGUGGCUUCAGAGAGCCCUGUCCACCAUCACUAAGUCUGCAGAUGUUUCGAACACAGGAUUAUCUGAAGGAGCCAACUGCAAAGUGGAGAACAAUCCAAGUUCCUCCAAGGCCCCACCUUCCAUGACGCAGUCUCAGAGAGAACAUCUGACCGAAAUGGCUGGUAUGGUGGUGCAGUACCUGAUGCAGAUGUAUAAAAUGAAACAGCCUAUUAGGAAAGCAGAUAUGCUGAAAAUUGUCAGUAAAAAGUACAAAAAUCACUUCCAUGAGAUCCUCAGAAGAGCAUCUUUCAGCAUAGAGGUGGUAUUUGGUGUUGAUUUGAAGGAAGAUGAUGCUUCGCAGCAUUCCUAUUCCCUGGUCAGCAAAAUGGAUCUCCCCAACAAUGGGAGGGUGAGUGGCGGCAGCAGGGGAUUUCCCAAGACUGGUCUCUUGAUGAAUAUUCUGGGCAUGAUCUUCAUGAAUGGCAACUGUGCCACUGAGCAGAAGAUCUGGGAAUUCCUGAACAAGAUGAAAAUAUAUGCUGGAAAGAGACACUUUCUAUUUGGGGAGCCAAAGAAGCUCAUCACCCAAGAUUUUGUGAAGCUCAAGUACCUGGAGUACCGCCAGGUGCCUGACAGUGAUCCUCCACAUUACGAGUUCCUGUGGGGUCCAAGAGCCUGUGCUGAGACCAGCAAGAUGAAAGUGCUGGAGUUUUGGGCCAUGAUUAAUGAAACCGACCCCAGCGCCUUCCCAUCCUGGUAUGAAGAGGCUUUACGAGAUGAGGAGGAGCCCAGGCCACAAUUUCCCUAA